CUUUUCCGGUGGAGAGGAGCCUAUCCUAGCUCCCUAAUCGCGCGGCCUGGGAGGAGGUGCCAUGACAAGCCCAACCGGAGGGCUGGAGAGGGCUAGAAGGGCAGACGGAGCGUGCAACCUCUUCCGCCUGGAGCCCGGAAGGGUGAUGUGGCUGCGGCACCGCCGGCCUCGCUAUGUCUGCCAUUUUCAAUUUUCAGAGUCUAUUGACUGUAAUCUUGCUGCUUAUUUGUACCUGUGCUUAUAUUCGAUCCUUGGCACCCAGCCUCCUGGACAGAAAUAAAACUGGAUUGUUGGGUAUAUUUUGGAAGUGUGCCCGAAUUGGUGAACGGAAGAGUCCUUAUGUUGCAGUAUGCUGUAUAGUGAUGGCCUUCAGCAUCCUCUUCAUCCAGUAGCUGGGGAAAAUGCUAGAAUAUAAUUGCCAUCAGAUUUCAUUGUGAACAAGGACAUAUUGCAGAAAAUAAUGGAAAGGAUGGUUAACUCUUAUCUCCGAACAUUGAAAUGAUAUACAUUUGUAGAUGCUGUUCUCUGUUUUUAUGUUAUUGGACCAAUGUUCUACAUAAAUAAUUAAGAUGUAACCAUUUAACACUCUGUAACAAUCAACCUCAGUACUGUCACUACAAUAUAACAUUCUGCAAAUGCCAUUUUCUUGUGUCAGAUACCAAAUUUUAGUGAGGUAUCACUAAGGCACAUAGUAGAAAACAAAAUUGGUUAAUUACUCAUGUUCCUUUCACUGUGAUUUGGAAAUGAUUUAAUUUUUAUAGAAUGAGACCCUUUUUUGGACUAGCUUUUUUAUUAAAAUGGCUCAAUUUGUGUUGAUAAGGAUUGCUUUCAUAUAAAUAGUGCUUGCUUUUCCUCUGGGCACACCAUUUUGAUCAUUAACCAGAGUACCUGUACUCUUAGCAAACUCUAAUUUAUGACUCUUUAAAAUAUUCAAAACAAGCAUAUUGAGUUCUUAAGGAGGAAAAUAAAUGAGCUGUAACUUAAAAGUAGUAUUGAGAAAAUGUUAGUAUUUAACAUUAGUGGAUUUAGCCAAAUGGCAUAGCAGUCUCUGAAACCUUCUGUCAAGUAUAGGUAAGCACCUCUUGUGCGUGAAUUUUUAACAGAGAGCUGCCUGUCUGAAAAACACAGCAUUCUUUUCUAGAAUGAAAAGGACAAUUAUGAAGUAAUUAUCCUA